AGAGCGGGCCGCCGGCAGCCUAGGCGAUGAGGGUGUUGGUGCGGCGCUGUUGGGGUCCUCCGCUGGCUCAUGGCGCUGGGCGUGGGAGGCCGAGUCCCCAGUGGCGAGCGCUGGCCCGGCUCGGCUGGGAGGACUCCAGAGUCCGCGAGAAGCCUCCCUGGCGGGUGCUCUUCUUCGGCACGGACCAGUUUGCCCGCGAGGCGCUGCGGGCGCUGCACGCCGCCAGGGAAAACCAAGAGGAAGAGUUAAUCGACAAACUGGAGGUGGUCACAAUACCUUCCCUAUCACCAAGAGGACUGCCAGUGAAGCAAUAUGCUGUGCAGUCUCAGCUUCCAAUAUACGAAUGGCCGGACGUGGGAUCUGGAGAAUAUGAUGUUGGAGUAGUGGCUUCGUUUGGCCGACUUUUGAGUGAGGCUCUUAUUCUUAAAUUUCCCUAUGGCAUAUUGAAUGUCCAUCCCAGUUGCCUCCCGAGAUGGCGUGGCCCAGCCCCUGUAAUCCAUACAGUGCUUCAUGGAGACACAGUUACUGGAGUAACAAUUAUGCAAAUUAGACCUAAAAGGUUUGAUGUAGGUCCAAUUCUUAAACAAGAAACUAUUCCUGUGCCACCCAAGAGCACUGCAAAGGAAUUGGAAGCAGUGUUGUCACGACUGGGUGCCAACAUGCUCAUUUCAGUUUUGAAAAAUUUGCCUGCAAGUCUGAGCAAUGGAAGGCAGCAGCCAACAGAGGGGGCGACUUAUGCCCCUAAGAUUUCUGCUGGUACCAGUUGUGUAAAAUGGGAGGAACAAACUUCAGAACAAAUAUUCAGACUUUACCGUGCCAUUGGAAAUAUAAUUCCAUUGCAGACGCUCUGGAUGGGGAAUACCAUUAAACUUCUGGAUUUGGUAGAAGUUAACAGUUCAGUCCUUGCUGACCCAAAAUUAACGAGACAGGCUCUUAUUCCAGGAUCAGUAAUAUACCACAAACAGUCACAAAUACUGUUGGUUUAUUGCAAGGAUAGUUGGAUUGGUGUUCGAUCAGUGAUGCUCAAGAAAACAUUAACGGCUACUGACUUCUACAAUGGAUAUUUGCACCCCUGGUACCAAAAAAAUUCCCAAGCUCAACCAAGCCAAUGCAGAUUUCAGACUCUCAGACUUCCAACAAAGAAGAAGCAGAACAAAACUGUUACUAUGUAACAAUGCAUUGAGUAGUUAGGAAGAAGAUGGAUAAAAACCUAUUACGUAUUUGUAAUUUAUUAAAAACCUUAUUUACAAGGAA